AUGUUAAUACAACACAGUCUCUAUUUGGUGAGAAAUUUGACAAAGCGGCAAUUAAUUGGCAUCGAAGUUGUUAGGCGGCACAUGUCCGCAGCAGCCGCAGUUUCACAAGGCAAGUCAGCAGCAGCAACAGCUAAACAAUUCAAGUUGAAGAUUCAGGGAGUACCAGAAAAAAUGCGUGAAAAUCCAAUUGUCAAAAAAAUAGAUACUCCAGAAUUUCGAAGUAUAUUCACCGAAGAAUUGAAGACCCUCGUGGAGUUGUUCAAAAAACAUAAUUAUGAAUUGCGGAUAGCUGGCGGUGCGGUUCGUGAUAUUCUGAUGAAUAUUCAACCGAAAGAUAUUGACUUUGCCACAACAGCAACUCCCGAUCAAAUGAAGCAAAUGUUCACGGAGGAAAAUGUCCGAAUGAUAAAUCCUAAGGGCGAGAAACAUGGUACCAUAACACCGCGUAUUGCCGAUAAGGAGAAUUUCGAGGUGACUACUUUGAGAAUAGAUGUGCGUACGGACGGCCGCCACGCUGAAGUGCAAUUUACCACCGAUUGGCAAUUGGAUGCCAAUCGCAGAGAUUUGACAAUAAAUUCCAUGUUUUUGGAUUUUGAUGGCACAAUUUAUGAUUAUUUCUAUGGCUAUGAGGAUUUACAAAAGAGACGUGUGGUAUUUGUUGGUGAUCCGGCCGUUCGCAUACAAGAGGAUUAUUUACGGAUUUUAAGAUAUUUCCGUUUCUAUGGACGCAUAGCACGAGAGGCGAAUUGUCACGAUGAAGCCACACUGGAGGCAAUACGACAAAAUGUCGAAGGUUUGGCACAUGUCAGUGGCGAACGUAUUUGGUCAGAGUUACAGAAAAUUGUUGUGGGUAAUUUUGCCGAAGAGUUGGUAUUGGAAAUAAUAAAAUGUGGUUUGGCUCCAUAUUGUGGUUUGCCCAAUGAACCAAAUAUCGAAGAGUUUAAGCGGUUAUGUUCCGCUCUAAAAGACUUUGAAAAACCUCAUUAUCCCAUACUGAUAAUGAUAUCAUUGCUAAACUCUGUUGAAGAUGUCAUGAAAAUGCAUGAACGUUUACGAUUGUCGGCUUUUGAAAGGGAUAUGGCUUUGUUUAUUACCCAGAAUCGAGAUAAGGUGGAUGAGGAAUACAAAGAAUUAACAGAUUACUAUAAAUUGUGCAUGCAACCAUAUAUCAUAAAGGAUUAUGUUGAACAACUUUUGAAAUAUAAAAACCAAAAGGAAUUUUACACCAGCCUAAAAUCCUGCGUAUUUCCAAAAUUCCCCAUUAAUGGUCAUAUAUUAAACGAACGCGGCUGUCCCAAGUCCAAGAAAAUGGCAACAAUUUUGGCACAACUUAAAACCAUAUGGGCUGGAAGUAAUUUUACCAUAAGUGCAGAACAGCUACUGGAAGAACAUUUACCUAAGAUUUUGGAAAGUCUGAAUUCUCCCACAUCAUCUCCAAAUAAGAAAAUGAAAACCACAAAUAAUUAA